GCCACUUCGAUUUCCUACUAACAUUCCGUUGAGAUUCCCUGCUUUUUGUUCGUUUUCUAGACUUUGUACUGUUCUAACGAACUUAUGGCCGGUAAAUCGGCAGCCGCCGGCAAGGCCAGGAAAGCUUCCGCCACAGGAAAGGUCGGGAAAGCUUCCGCCACCGUUAAGGCCAGGAAAUCAGCCGCCACUGGAAAGGUCGGGAAAGCUUCCGCCACCAUUAAGCCCAGGAAAUCAGCCGCCACUGGCAAGGCCGGGAAAGCUUCCGCCACCGUUAAGGCGAGGAAAUCAGCAGCCACUGGCAAGGUCGGGAAAGCUUCCGCCACCGUUAAGGCCAGGAAACCAGCCGCCACUGACAAGGCCGUUAAAGAUGCUGACAUUAAGAAAAUUCGCAAUCCUAGCUAUUCCGAUUUGAUUAUUGAGGCAAUUAGCACGUUGAAGGAAAGGAAUGGAUCGAGCAGGCCGGCGAUUGCGAAGUUCAUUGAGGAGCAUAAGGCUUUGCCCCCGCCCUCCUUAUUUAAGACGCUCUUAUCUGCCAGAAUUAGAGAACUCC